AUGGUUUCUACUCGUCGCAAGAAGGCUGUGGUUUCUACGGAGUUCAUCGACGACUCUGAUGAGUCGGAUGGAAAUGAGACUUAUGAAGAGGAGGGUUUGCUCACCAAACUUUAUCCAAGUUCGUCUGAUGAGGAAGACGGAGAGGACAAUGACAACGAUGAAGAGGAAGAAGAGGUUGUUAUGAGUGAGCCAGAGAUUGUGGAGGUACCCUCCACCCCACGCAAAUGUGGAAGACCCCGCAAGAUUACUGCUACACCUACCCCAUCAAAUGGGAAAAAGAGAACAAUCAAUGAGGUCACUGCGUCUGAUUCAGAGGCAUCUUUCGUUGCGAGUCCAAAGAAACCUAGGGUAGCCCCUUCUACGACUAAGAAUCCUCCCGCCACUCCGUCCAAAAACACUCCAGCGAAGGCCAAGGUGGCUAACAAGACAAAGACUCCCACCAAGGCCAAGACAACUCUGGCUGUGAGUAACAAGGCGACCUCUCCUAGCAAAGUGGCUUCCACUAAGAAGAGUGAAGUCACUGCUUCUAACAAUGAUAAUGAACCGGAAUCUGUAGUCAGCGAUGAUGACCCAAGCGAAUCUGGUCAUGAUUCUCCAACGCCAACAGGAAAAAAAAAUAAAGGUCGUCAAGUGAUCUUCGACACUUCUGUGUUGAAGACAAAAGUGAGCAUUGAAAAGUUGAAGAAAAAGAAAACUGCUCCAGAUGUCUUUGACAAGGAUGAGGUCAUGUCCGAUGGUGACAAGACAGAUGACGGUUAUCCGAAGUUGUCUAAAUGUGGAGUUGCCGCGUCUGAUCUUGUCGACCCUCUUCUUAAGGAGACAUAUAAGAAGUUGACCAAGCUGCCUAGGCAAGUUAUCAAUAAGUAUAAUGCGUCCUCAUACAUCUUACUUGAACCUUAUAAAUCUAGCGGCUUGAAAUUUAUAUCAUGGAAGGACAACAACGACCAAGAAGAUGAUGAUGGAAAUGGGAUGAUCCUCUUCUCUAGCAUUGGAGGUGUCUACCCCAAUAUCAAUCUGAAGUACAUUAAAGGAUUGGUUGUGUUUGAGAAGGACUAUACGUCCAAUAUUGUCAACCUUUCUCGCAUUGAUCCAUCACUUCUCAUCGCCAAGAAGACAUCCGGUCAAACAAAGGGUGGGCCUCUCGUGUUCAUACGGGAUCGCAAGACACCUGCCUUGUGUGUUACGCUUGGAAUCAUUGUUGAUGACCAGCUCAUUUCACCUCGUCAACGCGGAGACAAAGAGGUCAAAUUUGUCACCGCAAAACUUCUUGCUUAUGAGUAUGAGCGUAUGGUCGCUGUUUUAUGCAUGACUUUUAAGAGAGAGUCUGUGAGAGUUCAGCUUGCAGAUAGCACCCUGACCUUUGCGACACGUGCAGCAGAUUUGCGUAGCGCGUACGCGUUUCAUUUGUGUAAACACGGCGCGUUAUUUGGCAAACACAAACUCAACAAACAUGGACUUACCAAACACAGGCUUGCCAAACAACACCAGCGCUUCCAGAAUCAGUAA